AUGUAUAAAAUAAUGGAUGGUAUCAUACGUCAACCGAAGAAGAAAGUAAGUGAUCUAAGGCAACGCUACGAAAAUCUCUUACAAAACUUACAAAAUGUUAAAAAUGAAGAAAAUGAAAAUGUUGAGCAGAUAAAAGCAGCUACUUACUCAGAAAUAAAUGAUUUAACUGAGAGGAAAGAAGCGACUUGUGUACCAGCUGUGGUAGAGAUUCUCGAUUACAACGCAAGAAAUAAUCCAUCACCAUGUAGCAGUAGCAGUAUAGCGGUCUCUGCGGAAAGAAGUAUGUCACCAGCAGCAGCCAUGCUAAUGAACAACAGUUUCAAUAUUUCUAAUAUAUCUAAUAUAAGUCAACAAUUCACAACAUCAGGAACUGAAAAAGGUGUUGAUAUGAAUAGAUCUUUUUAUCCAUAUCAAGCUCAAAAUAAUACACCAGUGGCACUGGUUAACAUAGUGCCGGCUGUUCCAGCUGAUUAUUUUCUGUCUGAAAUUCAACGUAGUAUAUUAAAAAGAAAAUAUAAAGAAAUGAUUGGAGAUGACAAUUCACAUAAUUCUAUGGAGCCAGAAUAUCCAAAAUAUAAGAUGACUGAAUCUGGACGAGUUAUCAUCAUUGGACCAAAUGGAACUCAACUACCGGCACAUAAAUAUGAGCGCAUAAAUUGGAAGACAACUUCAACAGCUACACGUAAUUUGAUUACUAAUAUCUUUGAUGAAGAAAUAUUGGCGACUCAUUCACUCACCGGAAAACCAUCACCUGCGUUUAUUGAUCGCCCAAAUCCCGCGAAAAAGCAAUUGGACCCGCUUAAGGUAGCUGAUAUUAUAUAUUGUAUAAUGAGGAAAUGCAGUUGUCCAGAGCGCGAAAUACGUGCUGCCAUCACUAACAAAUGUGCUGACGUUGCUAAAAAAUUCAGGAAGCGUUCAUUAAUGAAGAGCCCCGGUCAAAUGUAG